AUGGCAUCAACAUCUCUAGGCAGAGAGCAUACACAGGUCUGGUUGGUUGAUCAGUUAAGAUCUUUCUCUUCACACUCUCCUUCCUAUCUUCCUGACACUGGACAUACAUACUUUUUUUUUUUUUUUUUUUUGGUUCAUCUAACAGUACAAAUCAGAAAGUUAGGGAAGGUAUCUCUCCACAUCCUUGGAUUCUCCCUACCUUCCCAUGCCUCCCCCAGACCUGUGUCACCUCCCCACUCACCACAUCACAUAUGUUCUUCCACCGUCUAUGCGGCUGUGCCUCUGGAGGAUGCUGAUAACAUGGGGCUGCUAGAAAGUUGA